ACAAACACGGACAUAUGUGGGAACUCAGGCGAUUGAAUCGAGUGGUGCAGCUGCUGCUGCUACGAUCGUAUCAAGAUCAAUGAUUAUUUUAUAAUAUUUUCCUUGUCUGAAGUAGGGACAAAUUUUAAAUUAACCAAAAAAAAAGCCCUUUUUCAAUAAUCAUAGCUUUGGUGGUCUGCAUAACCCAUUACACUUCCUUAAUCCAAACCAAUCCUAUUUCUCUGAGAAAAUCCAUAACAAUUUCAGUCCAGUUGAAGGGUUUGCUGUUCUUUUCCCUUUGCAAGAUGUCGUCCACAGCCCAUGUUGAGACUCAUCUCAAUGUUGUUGAGAAACUCCUGUCCAAUGGAUUCAACCAUCUCCAAGUUAACAAGAAUUACAUAUUUCCUCCCAAUGAACGCCCCCAAAUUGAUGAGGUUUCUCAUUCUUAUAGCAUUCCAGUAAUAGACCUCAAAGAUUUAGAUGGUCCUGCUAGAAAAUCAGUGGUGAAUGAGAUCAAGCGUGCAUGUGAGGAGGAUGGUUUCUUCCAGAUUGUGAAUCAUGGGGUACCAGAGACUCUGAUGAAAAGCAUGAUGGAUGUUGCCAAAGAGUUCUUUGAAAUGCCCCUAGAAGACAGGGCAUGCCUCUGUUCAGAGGACGUAAGUCAAUCGGCGAGGCUUUCUACAAGCUUCAACAUCACCAAAGACAAAUUUCUUAACUGGAUGGAUUUUCUAACACUGCAAUGUCAUCCUCUGGAGGAAUUCAUCCAUUCAUGGCCUCAAAAACCUGCAGCCUGCAGAGAGAUUGCAGGGACGUAUGCUAAGGAAAUAAGAGCCCUCACUUUAAGGCUCUUGGCUGCAAUUUCUGAAGCAAUGGAGAAGGAUUCUGAUUAUUUAAAUACAAUCUUUAAGAAGCAUAGACAGGUGAUGAACAUAAAUUACUAUCCUCCAUGCCCAAAUCCAGAUCUGACCCUUGGCGUAGCACCUCAUUCAGAUGCAACAGGUAUCACUCUUCUAAUGCAAGGACUUGUUAGCGGCCUGCAAGUGCUCAAAGAUGGAGAAUGGUUUGCAGUGGAACCCACGCCCAAUGCCCUUGUGGUGAAUUUGGGAGAUCAGUUGCAGGUUUUGAGCAAUGGGAGAUUCCAGAGCGUUGAGCAUCGGGCUGUAACAAACAGUACCACUGCUCGUAUAACUAUUCCUACCUUCUAUGGUCCUUCGUUGGAUGCAUUCAUUUCUCCUGCAGAAUCCAUGGUGGAUGAGGAUCAUCCGGCUCUGUACAAAGGAUUCACGUGUGGAGAAUACUUCAAGGCAUUCCGGAGCCAGGGAUUGAAGGGGAAGAGCCUUUUGGAUCGCUUCAAGAUACAAAAUGGUCAAUGAUGUUGUUGAGUGAUGAAUUAUCUAUGCCAAUGAGGCAAAGGAUUUGGAAUAUAUGUACUAGCAAGAUUCUUCUGGGUUAGAUUGCCUAAGUUGUUUGAGUAUCUAUCACGAGGGAGAAGCCCAAAGCCUGUACUUUCUAGCAAUCAUGUAUGUUAUUAUUGAUUCUAUUUACAUAUGUUAAUGUUCUGUUGGCUUCAAUACUGUACUGAUACCUCCUCUCCUAUACAUAGUACGUACAGUGGUAAUGGUGGUGGUGUAGGGAUAUCUAAUAUAGUAGUGCUUCACAGUCCAAACUCCGGUACUAGAAUUUGUACUGUCUUUUCAUCUAAUGUAUAUAUUUUAAGCAUUCCUAAGCAAUGCAUAUUGGUCGAUCUUGUAUAAUGUCAGAAGCCACUUCUGAGGGUAAGUAGCUAUUAUAAAAUGUGUAUUGGUACUGGUUU